AAUAUUAAAUUGACAAUAGAUCCAUAAAUAAUAAUUUACCCCUUCGUAAAUAAACGUCAAAACUAGAACGCUGAGAGUCCUCUACCUCCACCGCCGUCUGAAGUCACUUUCACCGCCACAAAUCCGCCGUGGCAGUCGACGUCAAACUCUCUUCCUUAACAACGUCAGGUUUUCUUCGAUUUGGAUUUUGAAAAAGUGAAGUUUGAUGGCUUCAUUGGAAGUAAAAUCCGGGGCAUUAGUAUCGUUACAAGAUCUGCGCCCAUCGUCUCCGUUUUUCAAGCAAGGAGCAUCGCUCAGAAUAAUUGGAAAGUUACACGGGUACUCUUUAGAGACAGGCCUAGCAACAGUUAUAGAUGGUAAUGACAUUCUAAAAGUCAAUACUGAGCAUUUGAGGGACCUUAGGUUUCAAGUUGGCUCUGUCUACCAAUUCAUCGGUGAACUCCAUAUCCAACCUGAUAACGAGGGAGUUUUGCAGGCACGUGUUGGUAGAAACGUCAACGGGAUUGAUCUCAACCUUUAUCAUCAGUCCUUGCAGCUUUUGAGACAGUUUCAAGCCAAUCAUUUGAAUAAUCCAGCAACUUAACUUUGCAGGAUUGUUUUUGUAAACAAGGCAUGAUCAUAUUUUCCAUCAAAAUAUAAAAGGUGGAAGGUUGCUGUUGCUCCCUUAAUGAAAUGAAGUGAAUCACAUUAUUUCAACAUGAAUUCUAAUAUGCUUUUAACCGUCUCUUUCAGUAUGGUGGUGCAUCAACAUUAUUUCAACAUCUUUUAACCGUCUCUUUCAUAUGAUUAACAUAUUUCCUUUUAUUUGGGAAGCUAUUGUUGACUUGGUGGGUUCCCUGAUUUAUGUCAUAGCUGUAGUGGUUGAAAAGGUACAUAACAACAACUACUAAACAUACAAAGUUUUUCUUUCUCACAUUAUUGUCUACCUCUCAUUCAGAAAUAUGGAGGUAGAGUUAUAAUUAUUGUUGACAAGCAAUGAAUUAUGUUUUUGACAAUGCAUUUCAAGCCUGUAAUGAUGGAAUAUUUGUUGGUUUUCA